AUGUCACCUGAAUUAACAGAAGACACACAAUCAUCAACUGAUCAAAAUGAAGUGUUUUCCUCCAAUGUAAAGUCAAAACUCAAAAAGGAUUGGUCAAGCGUUUGUGAUGUUCGUGAAGGAACUCCAGUGUUUGGAACCCGUAUUUUAAGUGAUAAGGAUAAUGUGUGGAAUCAUAAUGCUUGGUAUGUAAACCACGUAAACGAUUUGUUCACUUCAUUCAAAGCUGAGCGUCCUGCAUUAUUUAUCAUAAAAAAUAAUAGGGAUAAUGUACAGUGGGAUGAGGAACAAGAAAAGGCGGCGCUGGAGAGAGCCGGUUCAAAGAAAAUUUUCGAGAUAGGAUGUGGUGCUGGAAACACCAUGUUUCCUUUACUAGCGGAAAAUAAAAAUCCUGAAUUAUUCGUUUAUGCGUGUGAUUUUGCUUCGAAUGCUGUCGAUGUCGUUUUGAACAAUCAAGACUAUGAUCCUAAAAAAUGUAAAGCAUUUGUUUGGGAUUUGACCAGCGAUGAAAUACCGGAAUGCAUAGAGCAAGGUAGUUUAGACAUCGUGGUGUUGAUUUUUGUCAUGUCGGCUAUACGCCCUCAAGAUUGGAAACAAGUUGUCGAGAACGUCUACAAGGAGAUAGAAUCAUUGUGGGAUGCGAAAUUCACAAUCGAACAGAAUGCCAUAGAUAGGAGGUUAAUAGUAAACCGACAUCGAAGGCUUCAAAUGUAUAGAAUUUGGUUACAAGGAAAAUUCAGAAAACAUGAAAAUUAG